ACAAAUCUGAGGCAGCACCUGGAAAAAUGGAUUUGCAAGUUGUGUUAAAAUUGUUUGCUGAGUUUUUGAAAGCAGUGUACAAAGACUUUGAUCUUUUUGAAGUUUUGCCAGCCAGCUCUGUCGACAUUAAAGAUUCACUGGAUAAUGGAGAAAACUUUAUCAACGUGCUGGAAAAGCUUAUUGGUUGUCUUAAGGAUGUCCAUACAAAGUUGCAGAACAAACAGGAGAGUAGUUAUAUUAACAGCAGUGAAACCAAAGUUGAGUUGAAGGACACCGAUAUUGAGAUGGUAGUGGCAGAGGACGAUGGGUCAAAGUUCAAGAUAAAAGGAGAAGAAGGAGGAGGCCAUUCUACUCCCUUACCUGCACCCAGUGUUAAAGACAAGCUGUUCAGUAACAACAUACAGAUCAAGGCCUCUAGUCAAGAGAUAGAAAGAAGGAUUUCUGCCUUCAUUGAACAGAAGAGACAGGAAGUGGACGAACUAAACAUCAGAGAAUUCUGCUCAACUGUCACUCCCUCAUCAGAAGCUGACAGUAGCUGUGCUCGGGUGGAUUCAGUAUUUGACACAAGGAUUGGAGGGAAAAGUCAUAUCAAAGUGACUAGAGUGGUCAAUCUCCAAGGACCCCAGACACAGGUCAGUCAGUCGGAUCCUGUCCCUGCGAUCAAGAAAGAAACGAUGGAGGAUCCAGGGUUCUCAGGGGGCAUGGAAGAGAGGCUUCAGAACAUAGAGACCCACCUUAAACUUGACAAACGUGAACAGAGAACAGACUUAUUUAGCAGAGUGAAGAAGAUGGAAGAAAGAAUUCUUUACCUAGAGAGUCUGUCACCUGAAUACUUCAGAGGGGGCAUUCCUGUUCCCCAUUCAAGGAAAAGAAAGAGAAUAGAAGACAAUAUAUCUGUGAGAUAUCAGGAUUUACAGAAUAUGGAUGUAGCCGACAUUGACGAAAGAAUUCACAUGCUGAGAGAGUCUUUGAGAAGGAAAGCUAUGAACCGAGUAUAACGAAAUGUACCAAGUAUGACGGAAUGAACCGAGUAUAACAGAAUGAACUGAGAAUAACGAAAUGAACCAAGUAUUACGGAAUGAACUUGUUAUAACAUAGGAGUAAUGUUACAGUGACAGAGCCCAGUACUGUUCUGUGUACCAGUUACAUUUGUAGUAGAACUAUUUUAACAGGAGCUUGGACUUUGGGUAGUUCUGUCAAACGUCAUUGUGAUGUAGGCCUGUCUAUUUCACUGUUGGCCACUCAGCCAUGGCUCUUUGAAUUUAACUUAAAAGUUUUGAGCAAAGGUAUAUUUCACUGGAAAUCAACGUCAUCUUUAACUUAUUUUGACGCAAGAAAAAGAUAGUUACAUCCUACUGAAAGUCCAAGGUCUUGUUAAAAUGUUUCUUUAUAUUAUGUGCAUCUACAUAUAU